UCAUCAAUUAGCUAUUUUUCUCUAGCCUUCUUAUUGUUUGUAUUGACCUAUAUUUAUUCCAAAUCUUAAUACAACAGAGAUAAUGUGUCGCGGGGACAACGGCACAGUUUUUAAAAAGACAAAAUUGAUAUUUAGUCGUUUUUUUACUUGAAAAUGUCCCUUGAUAGACUUCCCCCUUUUGUGAAGCCCUGCUCUGAUGGCUAAGUUUCACUUCGAACUUGACUGUAGCUUGCUAGCCGCUAGUCAUAUAAAGACUGUAUUAGUCGCUAGCUAGCAAAAAUGAGCAAAACUGCUUCAGGCUUUAGGUUAUGUAUAUGCAGUGUUUAAGUAGUUAUACGCGUACUGUGUAUGUCAACAGUCGGUUUUGGCUUCAAUAGACCUACGAUUAGCUAAGUUGGCAACGCUUCGUGGCCGCGAAUAAAGAGGCCUAACUUGGAGUCCAGGGCCUGACUGAAUGUAUCGGUAACCCGCACCGCUAGCUAGCUAGCUGGCUCAUGUGAAGUUAGCGACUUUGCUGCGGAUGUAAUGCUACUAAUUCAUUGAGUGAGUGUACGCUGUGAUCCUUCUCACUCACAAUGGACCCAGACAUUAUUAAAAUGGAGGAGGUGGCGAUGGAGGAGGAGACGGCUCCUCCGACUGAGCUGGCCAACGAUGGCCCUGCAGAUCCCUACACCACUAUCAUAAUCCAGGAGCCCCCCGCGACAUCCGUCGUCCAACCUUAUCAGCACGAGAACCUGCAGUGUUUCCAGUGCUUCAUCACCUUCUGCAACUCCAAAGCCAAGGAGAGGCACAUGAAGAAGAGCCACCGUGAGGAGUACAAGCAGCAGCUCCAGCAGUGCGACACGCUUUUCACCUGCUACGUGUGCGAUCGCACCUUCCCGUCCUCCGAGGAGCUCACGCAACACCAGGCCUCCCAUAACAAGGAGGACAAGCCCUUCAAGUGCCCCCACUGCCAGGAGAGCUUUCGCACCUUCUCCGAGCUGACGUCCCACCGGCGACAGGUGUGUCCCGAGAGGCAGUUUGUGUGCAAGGACUGCGGGGAGACCUUCCGGGGCCCCGCCCUGCUGCGCAGCCACCGCCUGAUGCAGCACCCGCCGCGCCCCGAGCCCGAGCAGGAGGGGGCCGACGACGCGACCAAGACCCACCGCUGCGGCAAGUGCGGCAGGGGCUUCGAGACGGAGGCCGAGCUCCUGCAGCACCAGGAGAACCACGCCGGCGACCGCCACUGCAACGGCAGCGGCCCCGCCCCCGCCAAGAGGCGCGGCCGGCCCCCCAAGUCCGAGGAGGCUGUGGCGGCAGCGGCGGCGGACGGCGAGAAGAAAGGGAAGCGGAGGAAGAAGGGAGAGGGCGAGGGGGAGGGGGCGGAGGAGCCCGGGGUGAAAAACCACGCGGAGCCCGACGGUCCGGCGGAGGAGAAGGUCAAAGCCAAACGGGGCCGCCCCGCCAAAUCCGCGCAGGAGCCCCAGGCCGAGCCGAGCCAGGACCAGCAGGCGGAGGAGAAGAAGCCGCCCGCCCGCCAGCACCCCUGCCCCGACUGCGAGCUCUCCUUCCCGGCGGCGGCCCAGCUCCGGGCCCACAAGAAGGAGAAGCACAGCCGGGCGGCGGCGCCGCCCCCGCCCCGCAAGGCCCACCCCUGCGGGGAGUGCGAGGAGAGCUUCGCCCGGCCCGAGCAGCUGGAGGCGCAUGCGGCCCGCGCCCACUGCGCCGGGCGCCACUCCUGCCCCACCUGCGGCAAGAGCUUCGGCAGGGAGAGCAACCUGAAGGCGCACCGCCAGACACACGCCGAGGAGAGCGCCGCAGCCGAGGGCGGCAAGAGAUAAUUUCACCGGGGGGUUUUAAUUCUGCGUAUGGACAGGGGUUCAAAAAAAAAAAAAAGAAAAGAAAAAGGAAAAAAAAAAAAGAAAAGAACGGGGCAGCGGUUUGGGUUUCGGAGAUAACUUACCCUUAGGUCGGUGUUCGGAAGAGAUUGGUUGGGCUGUGCAGAUGUUACAGAGCGAUCCAGGAUUUUGAUGUACAUCUAAAGAAGUUUUUUAAAGAGGGUUGGGACCUGAUGUAGGUUUUUUUUUUUUUUAAAGGACUAAGGAAAGGGUUCUUAGACUUUUUUUUGGAGUGAGUUGGUCAUUUGGAGUGGUUGUACUUGGAUAAGAUUGGUGGGUUAGGUUUCACCGUCGGCCUCAAUUUGUGCCAUUUUUGUAAGUGUUGGGGUGGGGUGUGCUUUUCAAAGUGACAAAUUCAGUGACUGAUGAAUAGAACAAAUUUCUAACAAUGUAAUUGGAAAUGUAAAUAAACACAGAGAAGCCUACUAUGCCCAUGUAGAGAGAGGGAGUUCAACAUUUUUUUCAUAUUUUGGUUGAUUUAUAUUUUUAUUUUAAUCAUGAUUAUUGUGUGUGUGUGUUUUUUUUUGUUUUGUAUUAUUAGAGGUGUGUGUGUGGGUUAGGGGUAAAUAGCUUCCAGAUUUUAUAAUGCUUGGAUCAUUUAAUUUUUUUUCCUUGCUUUUAAAAUUUAAAAAAUUGUAUUUCACCAUUUCUGUAGUAGGAUGUCACAGGGGCCCUAAAUACUUUCAGUCUGCAAUGGAAAUUACCAUUUUUAAGCAAGAUGGAGAGACCUGCUCUGUAAAAUUAAGGUUGUGUUGGAUUUGAAAUGGUAUUAUGCUCCAUGUGAGAAAAUGUAUAUCCAGUAAAUGUGUGAUUCAGUGGGCUUAGUUUGAAGGAGAAUUAUGAAUUUAAAAAAAGGAUUGUAAUAUUUGAAAAUUAUUUAAAUCUUUUUUUAAAUGUCAUUUUAAAUUUUAUGGACUAUGGACUAAUGUUUUUUUGAAGCCAUUUUAAUGGUCAUUUGGUUGGACAGUUGGCCAUUUUUUAAUGAUGGUCAUUUUAAUGGUCAUUUGGUUUUGAUGGGAAAAAAUCUCAUGUUUUACCUUUUCUUCCACAUGGACUUGAAAAUGCAUUUUGCUUGCUAUUCUGCAUACUGGUGAGAACUGGACCAUCGACAUGGAUUUUGCUUGUUAAUUGCUGAGCCAAGACCUGUAAUCAACUUCUCCCAUCUACACACCUCUUGGAACUCUUUUUAUUCCCCAUCAUUCCUAUACAAUGUCAAUUUUCAAAUGUUUAGAAUGUUUUAAAGAACCAUGUCAAUGGGAGGAGUAUAACACUGUCAUCCGUUAGAACUCAUUUUGGCUAAACCGAAGUAUUUAAUCGCAGGAAAGAAAAGCAAAUAGUUUAAACAACCUGUCAGUUGAGUAAAUCAUGGUUCUUAAUCUUUUUAUCUUUGAUUUUUAACACACCUGGCUGGCUGUAUGCAAAUUUUGUCUCCAUUGUUGUAAUUAAAGAAACUGGGCCCAGGGGCUGCUGCCGAUUGGAAUAAUUUGUCACUGAACGAACUGUCUUCGUCACACUGACGAUUGCGUAAUUUCAUGUGAUUAAAAUAGACGUUGUAGUAACUGUAAA